AUGGUUCUAAAUUUAAGCACAGACAAUCCCGUCAGCGAUAACGAUGGAACACUCAGCUCCUGUGGAAACAACCAGUGGUGCUGUGGGCCGGACGUCACGUCGGGCAAUUGCAGCUGCCAAUCUGGCGAGGGCACCUUCAAAGUCAGCGACGGACAUGCUUUCGCUAUAAUCGGAGAGGACGGUGCGCAGGAUGGUGCCCCACAAGAGACCAACACCGAUACCGUUCCAACAGCGACGAGUGUUUCUGCGCAAGCCAAGAGCUCCGCGUCCUCAAGCACAAAGAGCACAAGUUCAACAUCUACAAGCAGCGCUUCAAGCUCAGCAACCCCACCUCCAAAAAAAGAUAUCAACACCGCUGUCGUCGCAGGAACGAGCACAGCAGUAGGUGUAGCCGCCCUCCUUAUCAUCGCCCUCCUCAUCGUCCUCUUCCGCGUGCGCCGGCAUAAAAAACGCCGCGAUUCACGCACCAAUACAACAGUGACAGGCAUGAGCACUCCCGCACGAGUGAGAACCGUUGCACAACCGACCCGACCCCCCUCUCCAAAUCCCUACGACAACGUCACCCACGCCACCAUGCCGCCAAACCAAGACGGGAUUGCACAAGCGAACCGGAGCCAGUUCAACGGAUUCAUAAUACCGGAUGGGGAUACGGAAGAUCGGCGGCAGGGCGAAAUGAGGGGUCCGCCGGCUGUAGAUCCUUAUGAUGUUCCGGAGGUCCCGGAUCAUUUGUUUGGGAAUCGUGAGAGGUAUGGAAUUGGGGUUGGGGCAGGGGGUGGGUUCGGGGAUGGAGUCGAAAGUAGGGCUCCUCCACCACCGAGCUAUAGGACUAAUGCCGCGUCGCCGCCACCGCAGAGGAGAAAUGUUCUGAGGAGGCAACGAAGUCGGAUAUCGGAGGGUUCGCGACUUUCGACUGCUUGA